CAGAACACGUUAGGAGCCAUAAACUCACCACUCUCCCUUAUUCGUGUUCUUACUCCAAAGACGCACAGUGUUUCUCCAGAGAAGAAAGUACCCAAUUCAGCCAUGUCCUUGGGUUAUGCAGAGAAGCUUUCCUACAUUGAAGAUGUCGGCAGCGUCGGAAUGUCUGAACAUUUCGACACACCUGACGUUUUGCAGCAAAAGAUUGAACAGCUUGCGGCACUUGUACAGAAGAGUAAGCAUCUAGUGGUGUUUACAGGUGCAGGAAUAUCAACUUCUUGCGGUAUACCUGAUUUUCGAGGUCCUAAGGGAAUUUGGACUCUUCAGCGUGAAGGCAAAGCCUUGCCAGAAGCAUCAUUGCCAUUUCAUCGUGCAAGACCAAGCUUGACUCAUAUGGCUUUGGUUGCUCUGGAGAGAGCUGGCAUACUGAAGUUUGUUAUUAGCCAGAAUGUUGAUGGCCUCCAUCUUCGAUCUGGAAUACCAAGGAAGAAACUGGCAGAGUUGCAUGGUAACUCCUUCAUGGAAGUCUGCCCAUCUUGUGGCAUUGAGUAUAUACGUGAUUUUGAGGUAGAAACUAUUGGCCUAAAGGAGACUUCCCGAAGGUGCUCAGAUAAAAAUUGUGGAGCAAAGCUUAAGGAUACAGUUCUUGAUUGGGAGGAUGCAUUGCCCUCAAAGGAGAUGAAUCCGGCUGAAAAGCAUUGCAGAAUGGCUGAUGUUGUUUUAUGUUUGGGAACAAGUUUGCAGAUCACUCCAGCAUGCAAUCUACCUCUGAGAUCACUUCGUGGUGGGGGAAAGAUUGUAAUUGUUAAUCUUCAGAAUACUCCCAAGGACAAGAAGGCAGCUUUAUUGAUCCAUGGGCUUGUAGAUAAGGUUAUAUCAGGUGUCUUGGACAUUCUAAAUCUACGGAUUCCUCCAUUUGUUCGGAUAGAUCUUUUGCAGAUCAUUCUAACUCAAGCCCUGAGUAUAGAUGAAAAGUAUGUCAACUGGAACCUCCGGAUAGCAAGUGUACACGGACUCAAAGCCCCAUUGUCAUUCAUCAAAUCUAUUGAGAUAUCCUUCUUAGAUAACCAAGACUACAAAGCAGCUAUUCUAGAAAAUGAGCCAUUUCAACUGAAAAGGAGAACCUUACAGUCAAAAUCAGUUGAAAUGGUUUUGAAAUUCAACUUCAUUGAUGGUUGUGGCUGUCGAUUCACAAAAAUUAAUAUUUCUGUCAAUUGGGAGGUUUCAACAAACCAUUGUAAGCUUGAUAAAGAGGCCACAAUGCAGAAGCUCAGAGACAUAGCCACUGAUGAAUCAUGCUGCGGCAAGAAUGCUAUUGUUGACAGAAACUUUAUCACGAGCCCUAAAACUGAGGUUCUUAUGUAUGCCAUCGUGACCAAUGUUGUCACUUAUAAGAAGACCACUGAGGCUGUGAAAGCUGGCACUCUGAGUAAUGGGGUUAAAAGGCAGAAAGAUGAUGCAAAUGGUCCUGCAACAUCUAAGAAGCGAUCAAAAGUGCAGAGGCGCAAAUCGAUGCUUUAAAGACUGAUGAAUGUUUUUGGUUUCUUGCUUAGGAUAAUGCAAUAGACUACACUUUCUGGUACCAUAUAUGAAUUACAUGAUGUGGCAGUCGAUAUGCAUUUAACUACUGUCUACGGUAUCAUCCAAUGUUUAAAUGACAUCAAUUGUUGCAACAUGUUUGAAUGUGGUACUAGACAAUGUGGGCCACCUGGUAUAUGUAAAUAUCUCGGUGUUCAUUAGGAUUAACGAAGAAGAGUGAUUAGUAGGAUGCAGGAACUGGGUGAAUUUUGUUAGAUGACACUCAGUCGCCCCAGCUUUGAACAUGUACUAGUAACACUGUCAAGUUAUUUGAGAUCACUUUCUUUUG